AUGUCUUCCUCAUACCCCAGCCAGGUCGACGCAACCGAGCUCAAAGAGCCGUCAGUGCUGCAGGCGAGCGCCUCUCACGAAGAAAACCACAGUUCAACGUGCAGCCACAGCGUCGACAAGGCGUUUGAGUGGAGGAUAAAAUGGAAGCUCGACCUGUUCAUCCUGCCGGUCAUCUCAUCCGUCUACUUCUUUGCCUCUAUGGGCCGUUCUGAUCUAGCAAACGCCAAGAUUGCUGGACUCACCGAGGAACUGCACCUGACGCCUCAGGACUACUCGAAUGCCGCGACGAUAUUCCUCGUCGCUUAUGUCAUCUUUCAACUCCCUGGCACCCUUCUGAUCAAGAAGAUCCGUGCUCCUAUACAGUUCAGCGGUGCCAUGAUAGUGUGGGGGUUCCUGACAGCAAUAACCGUUGUCAUCAAGAACCAUGGCCAGCUACUUGCUCUGAGGUUCCUGAUAGGAGCAGCCGAAGCAUUCGUCCAAGGUGGCGUUUUCUAUCUGUCCUUCUGGUACGAGUACCGCGAACUCGCCACGCGCGGCGCCAUCUUCUACUCCAUGUCCACCGUCGCGGGCGCCUUCAACGGCCUGAUCGCCUACGCCAUAGCCGUGGACCUGGACGGCGUCAACGGCUGGCGGGCGUGGCGGUGGAUCUUCCUCGUCGAGGGAGUCCUGCCCUGCGGCUUCGCCUUCGUCGUCUUGGCUCUCCUCCCUGCGAGCCCGUCGAAGCUGCGCUGGGGUUGGAAGCCCGAGGAGAAGGAGUAUGUCGUGCAAAAGGCAUUGCGGUCCCAUAACACCACUGAGGCCCGGCUGGAUGUCAAGAAGGUGCCGGCGGUGCUGCUGGAUGUGCACUUUUGGCUGUUCACUCUCAUUGCCUGCGGUGGCCAUUUCUGCUUGGGAUCGCUAUCGAACUUCUUGCCAGACAUCAUCGAGGGUUUCGGAUACGACACAGUCAACUCUCAACUCUUUACAGUCAUCGUCUACAUCUCAGCGUUCAUCGGGGUGAUAUUCUGGUGCCGGCUUGCAGACAUAACCAAUGCCCGCGGACUGGUCCUGGCUGGUUCGACAGUAGGGGCCGUGGUUAGCUACGCGAUCUUGAUCGGUGCCACAGCCAGGAACACCCGUUUUGGUGCUACGUGCUUGCUGGCGUUCUCGAUAUUCCCGAACCCUGUUCUACAGCUUUCGUGGUCGGCGAUGAACUUCGUUGGUUACACUCGAAGAGGUUCUGCACUGGCGUUCUUCAAUAUCAUAUCGCAGGUAUUCGGCAUCUGUGGCACCCAAGCCUACUCCGACCCGCCGUACUACCGAAAAGGAAAUGCUGCGGCCCUGGGUCUGUCGGUGAUGAUCAUUGUGGCCUCCUUAGCCCUCAGGUGGUGGCUCAGUUACUUGAACCGCCAAAAGGGAUCUCAGCUCUCUUCUUCGCCCACUCAUGAGAUGAGCCAGCAGAGCAUUGAAGAUAUGGGGGAUAAACAUCCUGGGUUCCUUUACUCGACCUGA